CUCAGCCCGACCGGAACUUCAGUGGACAUACCUUGGCACUCCUUAAUUCAAGAUUAAAGUUGCCUUAGCCUCAUCUACUGACAUUUUCCCCAUCCAUUCAUUGAGCCUCCGCUCUUUGAUAGUUCCCCGCCAUCCCCGGCAGACCGCGAGCGCUCUUUUGACCUUAAAAUCUAUUGAGCCCUCACCAACUCCGAAGCACUCUAGCUCCAUAUUUACGACUUCGCGCAAAGCAACACUUUGAAUCGCCGUUGAUUAGAAGGUGAAUUGCAUCGUGUGAUUCCGUUUGGCUACCAUCCGUCCAACACCAUGGAGUCACAGGGCAAUACAGCUCAGUCUAUCAGUGCAGAUGAGAUCGCCUUGUAUGAUCGCCAGAUCCGUCUUUGGGGCGUGAAAGCUCAGGAAAAGUUACGAUCGGCGAAUAUACUUCUAAUCACCUUCAAGGCAUUGGCAAAUGAAAUUGCUAAGAACCUCGUUCUCGCUGGUAUCGGCACACUGACAAUCGUUGACCAUGAAACUAUCAAGGAGGAAGAUUUGAGCGCCCAAUUUUUCGUCACGGAAGAACAUAUAGGGCAGAAUCGCGCGCAAGCGGCAGCCCCCUCAAUUCAUGCAAUGAACCCAAGAGUUCGACUUCGUAUCGAUACAGAGGACAUACAUACGAAGCAACCCGACUUCUUUGCACAAUUCGAUGUCGUCAUUGCGACAGAGCUGGACUUCGCAAUGUACACCACCAUAAAUGCGGCAUGCCGCAUCGCAAAUCGCCCGUUCUAUGCAGCAGGGUUGCACGGGUUCUACGGGUUCGUAUUUGCCGAUCUAAUUUUACACGAUUUUGUUAUCGAACGAUCCAAGUCAAACGUCCCUUCAGCCACUCAAGAGACUCCAACGCGGAGCAUAGUUAGUAUCACAACGAAGAAGGAAAACGACAAAGUUAUCGAGAUGGUCACUAAGCGAGAGACAUACUCGCCUCUGAUUUUGGCGAACACAUCUCCCCUCCCGGAAGACUUCACUCGUCUGCCACGGAAACGACGACAGGUUACACCGCUCCUUACUUGCCUUCGAGCACUGUGGGAGUUCCAAAAGUUAUCCGGAGGUUGUAUGCCAACUUUCUCUCGCCAAGACCUGGAGCUCUUCACUAAACUCGCCCGUGACGGCCACCAAGAAUUGAAAUUGGACAUCAGUACCCUCGACUCGGAGUUCUUGCGCACCUUUCUACAGAAUCUCGGAAGCGAACUGAGCCCCGUUGCAGCCAUUGUCGGUGGUAAGUUAGCUCAGGACGUGAUCAAUGUAUUGAGCGUCAGAGAGCAACCUAUACAGAACCUCUUGCUCUUUGACGGCGAGAAGUCCCUCGCUCCUAUCUACCCCUUGCACCCAUUCUUCCCUCCCGAAGUCGAGAAUGUCAUGUCCGCUAUUCCUCCUGCUGCGGACCCGAUCCCUUUAAACGGCGACCUUACCUUGCAGCAACUAAUGAUUCCUCCCUCAGGAGCAGACGUCUGAAUAGUAGAGUCAUUAGACGUUAAAAGGUGACUACCAUCUUGUAUUCUAUGAGAUCCGCAUAUUCUUUUUUUUUUUUUUUUUUU